AUGACGGCCGAUUUUGCGUCCGGCUUGGUGCACUGGGGCGCAGACACUUUCGGAAGCGUCGAGACUUAUUUUGGCAAGAUGUUCAUCCGACCAUUUCGUGAGCAUCACGUAGAUCCAACAGCAAUUACUCGACACGAUUUCGUAGAGGUGAAUGGUGACAAUUUCAUGCUUUGCGUACCUAAUCUUGCUCAUAUCGUCUACCAACAGUUCACCAUGGAACAAGAGGAGCUACGACAGUGGGCUACGUUCCACUGGUUCAUAUUACUCCUUGGCAUAUAUGUCGCAAUGACAAAUCAAAUUCACAAGUGGUCUCACACCUACUUCAACCUGUCCCGAUGGGUGAUUUUACUGCAGAAAGCACAUAUUAUCUUGCCACGAUCCCAUCAUAAGAUUCAUCAUAUUGCUCCACAUGCUUGUUACUAUUGUAUCACUACCGGAUGGUUAAAUUAUCCUCUUGAGUACAUCGGUUUCUGGAGGAGAGCAGAAUCUGUAGUGACUGCUUUGACGGGCAUGAAGCCCAGAGAGGACGACUUGAAAUGGGCCAAGAAACUUCACUAA